GGCCGGAGCGGGGCGAGCGCAGCGGCCGCCCAGGCGCCCAGGGCCGGGCUGCGGUGGCGGCGGCGUUCCCGCCGGGCCUCGCGCGCGCUUCCCUAGCUGUCGGCGGCUGGCCCGCGGCAGAGGUCAAGAUGGAAGAGAUCCUAAGGAAGCUGCAGAAGGAGGCGUCCGGGAGCAAGUACAAAGCCAUCAAAGAGAGCUGUACCUGGGCCCUGGAAACCCUCGAUGGUGUGGAUACCAUUGUCAAGAUCCCCCCACACUUGCUGAGGGAGAAAUGCCUGCUGCCCCUCCAGUUGGCUUUGGAAUCCAAGAAUGUGAAGCUGGCUCAACAUGCCUUGGCAGGGAUACAGAAGCUCCUGGCGGAAGAGAGGUUUGUAUCCAUGGAAACGGACUCUGAUGAGAAGCAGCUGCUCAAUCAGAUCCUGAACGCUGUGAAAGUGACGCCUUCCCUCCACGAAGACCUGCAGGUGGAAGUGAUGAAGGUUUUACUCUGCAUAACCUACACUCCAACCUUUGACCUGAAUGGGAGUGCAGUGCUGAAGAUCGCGGAGUUGUGUUUCGCAUGCCAUAAAGCUGGAUGUCCACAAAUGCAUGAAAUGAUCAAAAUGUCCCUUACGACACUCCUCACUGCCCUGUGUCUUUGUGCCUCCCCUGGCGAUCCACGGCCUGUGGCUUUUCACGAGGUGUGCAUUGAAACAUACAUAUGUAGCUGUCACCAGCGUAGUAUAAACACUGCUGUGCGGGCAACUCUCAGUCAAAUGCUGAGUGACUUGACUUUACAGUUACGACAAAGGCAGGAGAACACGAUAAUUGAAAACCCGGAUGUCCCCCAGGAAUUCAGGAGUCAAGGGUCAACAGUAGAGUCCCUCUGUGAUGACCUUGUCUCCGUGCUCACUGUUCUGUGUGAGAAGCUCCAAGCCGCCAUCAAUGACAGCCAGCAGCUGCAGCUCCUGUACCUGGAGUGCAUCCUGUCCGUGCUCAGCAGCUCCUCCUCCUCCAUGCAGCUGCACCGAGGCUUCACAGACCUCAUCUGGAAGAACCUUUGCCCCGCUCUCAUCGUGAUCCUGGGGAAUCCGAUUCAUGAUAAAACCAUCACCUCUGCACACAGCAGCAGCACGAGUACCAGCGUCGAGUCAGACUCUGCGUCUCCUGGGAUUUCCGACCACGGCCGAGGUUCAGGCUGCUCCUCCACGGCGCCAGCCCUGAGCGGGCCGGUGGCCCGAACCAUCUACUACAUCGCGGCUGAGCUGGUGCGGCUGGUGGGGUCGGUGGACUCCAUGAAGCCUGUGUUGCAGUCCCUCUACCACCGUGUGCUGCUCUACCCUCCACCCCAGCACCGUGUGGAAGCCAUCAAGAUCAUGAAAGAGCUACUCGGGAGCCCAAAGCGUCUCUGUGAUUUGGCAGGACCCAGCUCCACUGAACCUGACCCGAGAAAAAGAUCAAUUUCAAAAAGAAAGUCUCAUCUGGAUCUUCUCAAACUCAUCAUGGACGGCAUGACAGAGGCGUGCAUCAAGGGCGGCAUCGAGGCCUGCUACGCCGCCGUGUCCUGCGUCUGCACCUUGCUGGGGGCCUUGGAGGAGCUCAGCCAGGGCAGGGGCUUGAGCGAAAGUCAGGUCCAGCUGCUGCUGCUGCGCCUGGAGGAGCUGAAGGACGGGGCCGAGUCCAGCCGUGACUCCAUGGAGAUCAAUGAGGCCGACUUCCGCUGGCAGCGGCGAGUCCUGUCCUCGGAACACACACCCUGGGAGUUGGGGAAUGAGCGGAGCCUUGACAUCAGCAUCAGCGUUACCACGGACACAGGCCAGACCACCUUGGAGGGAGAGUUGGGUCAGACCACACCCGAGGACCACUCGGAAAACCCCAAGAAUGGCCUCAAGUCACCAGCCGUCCAGGAGGGCAAGGAGACUCUGAGUAAAGUGUCAGAACCGGAAACCGUGGACCAGCCAGACGUGGUUCAAAGGAGCCACACGGUUGCCUACCCCGAUAUAACCAACUUCCUGUCCGUGGACUGCAGGAUGAGGUCCUACGGAUCCAGAUACAGUGAGAGCAACUUCAGCGUGGACGACCAAGACCUCUCUCGGACAGAAUUCGACUCCUGUGACCAGUACUCCAUGGCAGCUGAAAAGGACUCCGGGAGAUCGGACGUGUCGGACAUUGGGUCUGACAACUGUUCUCUAGCUGAUGAAGAGCAGACCCCCCGGGACUGCCUUGGCCACAGGUCCCUGCGGACCGCAGCUCUGUCUCUCAAGCUGCUGAAGAACCAGGAGGCUGACCAGCACAGCGCCCGGCUGUUCGUGCAGUCGCUGGAGGGUCUCCUGCCGCGCCUUCUGGCCCUGCCCAGUGUGGAAGAGGUGGACUCAGCCCUCCAGAACUUUGUCUCUACCUUCUGCUCAGGUAUGAUGCACUCACCAGGGUUUGACGGGAACAGCAGCCUGGGCCUGCAGAUGCUGAUGAACGCAGACAGCCUGUACUCAGCAGCACACUGUGCGCUGCUGCUCAACCUGAAGCUCUCCCACGGUGACUACUACCGCAAGCGGCCCACCCUGGCACCCAGCACCAUGAAAGAGUUCAUGAAGCAGGUCCAGACCAGCGGGGUGCUGAUGGUCUUCUCCCAGGCCUGGAUUGAGGAACUUUACCACCAGGUUCUUGACAGAAACAUGCUCGGAGAAGCCGGCUACUGGGGCAGCCCUGAAGACAACAGCCUCCCCCUCAUCACCAUGCUGACAGAUAUCGAUGGCUUAGAGAGCAGUGCGAUUGGAGGGCAGCUGAUGGCCUCAGCUUCAAUGGAGUCUCCUUUCACCCAGGGCAGGAGAAUUGAUGACUCCACGGUGGCAGGUGUGGCAUUUGCUCGCUAUAUUCUGAUUGGCUGCUGGAAGAACUUGAUCGACACUUUAUCAACCCCCCUGACGGGCCGAAUGGCCGGCAGCUCCAAAGGGCUGGCCUUCAUCUUGGGAGCUGAAGGCAUCAAAGAGCAGAACCAAAAAGAACGCGAUGCUAUCUGCAUGAGCCUCGAUGGGCUGCGGAAAGCUGCGCGUCUGAGCUGCGCUCUAGGAGUUGCAGCCAACUGUGCUUCAGCCCUCGCCCAGAUGGCAGCGGCCUCCUGUGUCCAGGAGGAGAAAGAGGAAAAGGAAACCCAGGAACCCAGUGAUGCCAUAGCACAAGUGAAACUAAAAGUGGAGCAGAAGCUGGAGCAGAUCGGGAAGCUGCAGGGGGUGUGGCUGCACACAGCCCACGUCCUGUGCAUGGACGCCAUCCUCAGUGUCGGCCUGGAGAUGGGCAGCCACAACCCCGACUGCUGGCCACAUGUGUUCAGGGUGUGCGAGUAUGUGGGCACCUUGGAACACACCCACUUCAGUGAUGGCACCUCUCAGCCCCCGCUGACCAUCAGCCAGCCCCAGAAGGCCCCCAAAGGCGGACUCCUUGGGGACCCGGCGAGUGAGGGCUCGCCCCAGGAGCAGAGCCUGGAGCAGGAGAGCUCCCUGAGCGCGGCCCCCAUCAUCCAGCCGCUCUCCAUCCAGGAGCUCGUCCGAGAAGGCAGCCGAGGCCGGGCCUCCGACUUCCGUGGGGGCAGCCUCAUGACGGGCAGUAGUGCCGCCAAGGUGGUGCUCACGCUGUCCACGCAGGCUGACAGGCUCUUUGAAGAUGCUACAGAUAAACUGAACCUCAUGGCUCUGGGAGGUUUUCUUUACCAGCUGAAGAAAGCAUCGCAGUCCCAGCUUUUCCAUUCUGUUACAGAAACAGUUGAUUACUCGCUGGCGAUGCCAGGAGAAGUGAAGUCCACCCAAGACCGCAAAAGUGCCCUCCACCUGUUCCGCCUUGGGGACGCCAUGCUAAGGAUCGUGCGGAGCAAAUCGAGGCCCCUGCUCCACGUGAUGCGCUGCUGGAGCCUCGUGGCCCCACACCUGGUGGAGGCUGCCUGCCAUAAGGAAAGACACGUGUCUCAGAAGGCGGUUUCCUUCAUCCAUGACAUACUGACGGAGGUUCUCACGGACUGGAAUGAGCCACCUCAUUUCCACUUUAACGAAGCUCUCUUCCGACCGUUCGAGCGUAUCAUGCAGCUGGAGUUGUGUGACGAGGACGUCCAAGACCAGGUUGUCACGUCCAUCGGGGAGCUGGUUGAAGUGUGCUCCGCCCAGAUCCAGUCAGGCUGGAGGCCCCUGUUCAGCGCCCUGGAAACAGUGCACAGCGGGAACAAGUCCGAGGUGAAGGAGUACCUGGUGGGCGACUAUUCCAUGGGAAAAGGCCAGGCUCCAGUGUUUGAUGUAUUUGAAGCUUUUCUCAAUACCGACAACAUCCAGGUCUUUGCUAACGCAGCCACUAGUUACAUCAUGUGCCUUAUGAAGUUUGUCAAAGGACUGGGGGAGGUAGACUGUAAGGAGAUUGGAGACUGUGUCCCAGGACCCGGAGCUGCAUCCCCAGACCUGUGCCUCCCCGCCCUGGACUACCUCCGGCGCUGUUCUCAGUUGUUGGCCAAAAUCUACAAAAUGCCCUUGAAGCCAAUAUUCCUUAGUGGGCGACUUGCUAGCUUGCCCCGAAGACUUCAGGAGCAGUCAGCGAGCAGUGAGGAUGGAAUUGAGUCAGUCUUGUCUGACUUUGAUGAUGACACUGGUCUGAUCGAAGUCUGGAUCAUCCUCUUGGAGCAGCUCACAGCAGCUGUGUCCAACUGUCCACGUCAGCACCAACCCCCCACUUUGGAUUUGCUCUUUGAGCUGUUGAGAGAUGUUACCAAAACACCUGGACCAGGGUUUGGCAUCUAUGCAGUUGUUCACCUUCUCCUUCCUGUGAUGUCUCUUUGGCUUCGCCGUAGCCAUAAAGACCAUUCUUACUGGGACAUUGCCUCGGCUAACUUCAAGCAUGCCAUUGGUCUGUCCUGUGAGCUGGUGGUGGAGCACAUUCAGAGCUUUAUCCACUCAGACAUCAGGUAUGAGAGCAUGAUCAACACCAUGCUGAAGGACCUCUUUGAGCUACUGGUAGCAUGUGUAGCCAAGCCCACGGAAACCAUCUCCCGAGUAGGCUGCUCCUGUAUUAGGUACGUCCUCGUGACAGCGGGCCCAGUGUUCACGGAGGAGAUGUGGAGGCUGGCCUGCUGUGCUCUGCAGGAUGCCUUCUCAGCCACGCUCAAGCCGGUGAAGGACCUGCUGGGCUGUUUCCACAGUGGCACUGAGAGCUUCAGCGGCGAAGGCUGCCAGGUUAGGGUGGCCGCCCCGUCCUCCUCCCCAAGUGCCGAGGCCGAGUACUGGCGCAUCCGAGCCAUGGCUCAGCAGGUAUUUAUGUUGGAUACCCAGUGCUCACCAAAGACUCCAAACAACUUCGAUCAUGCUCAGUCCUGUCAGCUCAUUAUUGAACUGCCUCCUGAUGAGAAGCCAAAUGGACACACCAAGAAAAGUGUUUCUUUCAGGGAAAUUGUGGUGAGUUUACUAUCCCAUCAAGUAUUACUCCAGAACUUAUAUGAUAUCUUAUUAGAAGAGUUUGUCAAAGGCCCCUCUCCUGGGGAGGAGAAGAUCCAAGGGCCAGAAACCAAGCUGGCUGGCUUCCUCAGAUACAUCUCCAUGCAGAACCUGGCCGUCAUCUUUGACCUCCUGCUGGACUCCUACAGGACGGCCAGAGAGUUUGACACCAGCCCAGGGCUGAAGUGCCUGCUGAAGAAAGUGUCUGGCAUAGGGGGCGCUGCCAACCUCUACCGCCAGUCUGCCAUGAGUUUCAACAUUUAUUUCCACGCGCUGGUCUGUGCUGUUCUUAGCAACCAAGAAACCAUCACUGCUGAGCAAGUGAAGAAGGUCCUUUUUGAGGACGACGAGAGGAGCACAGAUUCGUCCCAGCAGUGUUCAUCAGAAGAUGAAGACAUUUUUGAGGAGACCGCCCAGGUGAGCCCUCCGAGAGGCAAAGAAAAGAGGCAGUGGAGGGCUCGGAUGCCCUCGCUCAGCGUCCAGCCCAUCAGCAACGCGGACUGGGUGUGGCUGGUCAAGAGGCUUCAUAAGCUGUGCAUGGAGCUGUGUAACAACUACAUCCAGAUGCACCUGGACCUGGAAAACAGUAUGGAGGAGGCCCCAAUCUUCAAGAGCGACCCUUUCUUCAUCCUUCCCUCCUUCCAGUCGGAGUCCUCCACCCCGUCCACCGGGGGCUUCUCAGGGAAAGACACGCCUUCCGAGGAUGACCGCAGUCAGACCCGGGAUCACGCUGGCGAGCCUCUGAGCCUGAGGGGGACCAGCGGGGAGCUGCUGCUGCUGCCCCCGAGCCCCAAGGUGGAGAAGAAGGAUCCCAGCCGCAAGAAGGAGUGGUGGGAGAACGCGGGCAACAAAAUCUAUACCAUGGCAGCCGACAAGACCAUCUCAAAGCUGAUGACCGAGUACAAGAAGAGGAAACAGCAGCACAACCUGCCCGUCUUCCCCAAAGAGAUCAAGGUGGAGAAGAAGGGAGAGGCGCUGGGCGCCAGGGGCCAAGGCUCCCCGCUGCUCCAGCGACCCCAGCACCUGAUGGACCAGGGGCAGAUGCGGCACUCUUUCAGCGCCGGCCCUGAGCUGCUGCGCCAGGAGAAGAGGCCCCGCUCCGGCUCCACAGGCAGCUCCCGGAGUGUCUCCGCGAGGGACGCAGAAGCCCAGAUCCAGGCAUGGACCAACAUGGUGCUAACAGUCCUCAAUCAGAUUCAGAUCCUCCCAGACCAGACCUUCACAGCCCUCCAGCCAGCAGUGUUCCCGUGUAUCAGCCAGCUCACCUGUCACGUGACUGACAUCAGAGUUCGCCAGGCUGUGAGAGAAUGGCUCGGCAGAGUGGGCCGUGUCUAUGACAUCAUUAUGUAGAAGACCCACCUUCCAGGCCCGAGGAAAAAUGCUAGGAGGGUUUAGAGUAUGUCUGCCAAUCCAACUGAUAGCAUUUUCCUCACCACUAGCCCCAGUGUCUCAGAGAACACCCAGUCCGUCCCUAACUAAUCAGCACUGGGGCUAUUCUGGAUAUUAUGGUUAUAUGUGGAUGACACAAGUGAUAUUCUAAUUUUGCAGAGCAUUUCUGAAGAGUCUACAUGCCUUGACUCAUUUCUAAAUCUUAUUUCCCAAUGCAUUUGCCUGUCCUGUUAUCCCCAAAUGGGUCACUUUUAAGGACCACUCCUAUGAAAACACUACAUUGAUCCACUGAUUCCUUAUUUUAAAAAAUGCAAUAGCUAAAGAAAUAUCUGGUGGUAAGUCAAGCUGAUGUACACGCAGACAUCUCAUAUCAGACAGGAUUAAUUGGAAAAAGAUAUAUAUUAUGAUUAUGAGUUCGGCAGGGAAGAAACAGUUAGAAAAAUGUAUUCUUGGGUGUCCUAAUCAAGAAAGGGAAGAUCCACUUCCUCUGUAAAAUAUUCCAGAAUAUUUCAAAAUUGUUCCUAAGUUGUCAAGAUUUUCUGGUUGGUAUUUGCCAACUUCAUGUAAGGUACUGUUGUGCCUUCAUGUCCCUGCUUCUAAAGGAGGAAAGUUCUUUCCUGGCAGGGUUUUAAGCCUGUGGCGUGGAAACCUUUGAUGCACAGUACCCAGUGGUAUUGGCUGAUACAGUGCCAAAUGUCUUGACUGGCCACCCUGACAGUCCCAUUAGUCUUUGCUUUUGCUCCCAAGGCAAGAAAUGAAAAGGGAAAGCAAAAAUGGUGCCUUAGCUCCUUGUUGCACAGACAUUUCUAUGCUCCACAAUAAUCCGAAUAUAAGGUAUAACAUUUGGUUUUUAAGAAAACAAAACAACUCAGUUUAUAUCAACAUGUUUGGAAAAAAGGAACUCAAGAAUUUGCCGUCCAGUGAGCUUACUUCUCAGGGAAGGGGGCAGGAAGUAUAGGGGUAGGGAGACAGUUGGAAGGGGUGGGAAAAAAGAUGAUGAAACCAUUUAAAAUCUGAAAAUAUUAGACAACAAUCAUAUGAAUAGUGUCAUUCAUAUAUGCUGUAGUCUCAAAAUAACAUAAAACUAUAGGAGAAAAGGUCAUAGAAUGAAAUUUAGGAAAUAACAUUUUUCAAUUUAAAAUAUUUCUCCUCUCUGGCAAAUAGAUUGGCCAUCUGUUUGAGGCCUUUUUAUUCAGGCCAUUGUUUUAAGCAGAUAUUUUUUUUCCUCAUUAACACUAAACAGUUUGGAAUCUUUGUCUUAUUAUUUACAGUGUAUUUAAUAUUAAAUUAUAAAAGUGAUUGCAAUUCCUCAAUCAAGCCUACUCAUACACAUUCUAAAGAGUUAGUUGCCAAGAUAUAUGUCAUAAUUUUCCCAGCUCCUAAUAAUUAUUGAAAAUUGAACAUCUUAUCCCUAAAGCAUCAACUCUUCAGUAUGGAAGUAAGGAUUUAAAACUGACAGCUUUAUUCAGUGUUAGUAUUUUUAAAUUUUGUCUUCCAUGGGAAUGUAGAACUCUGUACAAGGUUAAGAGGAAGACAGGGCUCCCUGAUUUAUUUAGGCAUUCUAACGUAGAAAACCUUAUCAUUCGCUAUGCCAUCUAGAGAUCACCACAGAAUUCAGAAGACAUGUUUCCAGUUCCACAAAACACUCCUUGCCUUCAGUUUUAUAAUGCAGGUUUAGAGACAGAUGAACAAUUGAUCUUAACAGGCAAUGAGUUGUUGGGAUAGCAGUGAGUUGUGUUCUGUACUUUUGACUUUGUAUAUUUUUUAAGUGGAAUUCAAAGUUGGGUACUUUUUUUUUUUUAAAUGAAAGCCAUACACAUGGUUGUUUUCUUUCUUUUUGUAGCUUAGCUAAGGUUCAUUUUCCCGUGAACCUGUGAGUAUUCCACAAGCUACGGAAGUGAGAGAGGAGCUACAGCAAAGCAGAGUAUUAGCAAAUUAAUUACAAAACAUUUAUACCUAGCACUUUUUAUAAAGUACAAAAGUUCUAAGGAAGCCAGUCUCCAUUUAUGAAUGUCAUGUUCUAGAAGUUGUUAACUGCUUAGAAAUCAGAAUUUAUUCUCUAUGACGGGAUCCAUGGCGCAGUUAUGAAAACAAGUUUACCCCACACUGUAUUCAAACUCUGCUCUAGUACCAGCUUAAUUACAGGUCCCAAGAAUAAAAGAUAAGAGAAUGUACAUCUGUUCUCUACCUACAAUUUUGUCAGAGGGUUUCAGUCCCCUCGCAUCAUCUUUUCUCUAGACCACCCCUAGGCCUACAGUGGUCUUCAGCCCAUCUCCAUUGCCCACAUGCACUGUGCACCACAUCCAUGUCAGAUUUCAGCUGGAAAGUUAGCUAAGCCACAGUAAUACUUUUCAGAGUUAUCAGCAGUUUUCAAAAAGGACAUUGCUUGAUGCAAAUAAUCUCCAAAGAAUAGUACUUCAGGUCACAGUGAAGUCAGUCAAAUCUUCACAGGGAAAAAGAGAUAAUUAAAACCCCUUAGUUGAGUGGUCUCUUCCCGGAGUGCCCAGUCAGUCCAUCACUCUUCCUGAUGUUUCUGCCUUUUCCCAUCUCUUUCAUCCCCUCCCAUGGUCUCUGAAAGACCAAGGUCAAGACAAGUCUUUGUAGUUUCAACAGCUAGUACCAUAUAUUUUCAGAUCUAAGCAGAAUAAGAUUUUGCACCUUGCUUUUAAUUGCCUGUAUUUACUGCCAAAAAUGUGUUACCCUAUGGUUGAGAUUUAUUCUUUUUCUAGUAUUUUCAUAAAGUGUUCAUCUUUUCCAACUUGAAGAAGCACCUGUAAAACUCAAGUGCAGAAGAAUUCCUGACUGAACAGCCCAGCCAGUUACACCACAGUCUACAACAGAUUACUCCUUGCCACGGGAGAUUUGAGGGAGGGCCAAUAAAUUGCUCACGGCAUCUCUCCUACCUCGUGCAUCUUCUGAUCAGCUUUUACAGAUGCUUAGGCUGCCUCUUUACACCCUCUUGUCAUCUCUCCCCUUAUGAUUAUUUUUCUGCCUUCUCCAUCAAUACAAAACUAGGACACCUGUUUACCACUUUGAGGCUAUUUGACU